AUGGCCUCUAUCUACACAUAUGACAACUCUAAGACGCUGGCUCAUGGCCUGGCCCAAUACAUUGUCGCCCAACAGGACAAAGCGCUCGAGAAGGGCAAACGUUUCAACAUCGCAGUUAGCGGAGGUUCACAGCUGAAGGCGCUCAACGCAGGGCUGAUUCAAGACCCCGAGUUCAAAGACAGAAUUCAAUGGUCUCACUGGCAUGUUUAUUUCUGCGACGAGAGAAUUGUGGCUCUUGAGGAUGAAGACAGCAAUUACGGAGGUUUCAAAAAACAGGUUUUGGACCCAUUGCUCAGCGUAGACGGUGCUUUGGGCCCUACCUGCUAUGCGAUCAAUGAAUCGCUGGUGGGACUAUCCGAGAACGACCGUGUGGCAGCUGAAUACGAGUCACUGUUGCCAGACCAUUUCGAUCUUAUUCUACUGGGUUGCGGACCAGACGGACACACUUGCUCUUUGUUUCCUGGAAAAACCCACGAGUAUUUGUUGCAAGAGAGGCAAAAAAGAGUCGCUUGGUGCCAUUCCUCGCCAAAGCCUCCCGCCGAUCGUAUCACAUUCACACUCCCGGUCUUGGAGUCUGCAAAUGCGCUGUGCUUUGUAGCCGAGGGUGCCUCCAAACAGCCCAUCUUGGAACGUGUCUUUGAGGGACACGACACUUCUCUUCCCGCGGGACUUGUUACUGAACACUACCAGUCUGCGGUUUCCUGGUUUGUGGACAGUGCUGCCGUCAAAGACGUGUCUAUCAAGAAGGAGACUUUUUCCGGAAACUAA